GCCGCCGCCGCCAGCAGAGCGGCUGCCUGAGGGAGCGUCUGAGGAGCCGCGGGCCGGUGCGGGCUCGGGCGCCGCCGAACCGCCCCGGCCGGAGCCGCCGGCCUCGUCCCCAGGGAGCCGCGUCGCCCCAAAGCCCGCCGCCCGAUGUCCUCAAGAUGGAGGCUACGGGGGAGACGGCGUGAAGAAAGCGGCGCCGCGGGCGCGGGCUCCGGCGUCCGGGGGUCCCGGGCGGCGGCGGCGGCGGCGGCGGCGGCAGCGGCAGCGGCGGCGGGAUGGGGCUGCUGCUCCUGAUCGUGGCGUCGGCCGUGCUGGGCGCCUUCCUCACGCUCCUCACGCAGUUCCUGCUGCUGUACCGCCGCCAGCCCGAGCCGCCGCCGGACGAGGCCGCCCGCGCGGCCGACGCCUUCCGCUACCUCAGGCCGGUGCCGGGCCUGGCCCUGCGCGACUAUCUCUAUGGCGGCGGCGGCGGCGGCGAGGAGGCGGCAGCGGCGGCGUCCGGCGGGGCCCCCGAGGGCGGCGCCGGCGCGCCCCCGGCCCCCGAGCCCCCCGCGCCGCCGACGCGCGAGACGUGCUACUUCCUCAACGCCACCAUCCUGUUCCUGUUCCGGGAGCUGCGGGACACGGCGCUGGCCCGCCGCUGGGUCACCAAGAAGAUCAAGGUGGAGUUCGAGGAGCUGCUGCAGACCAAGACGGCGGGCCGGCUGCUCGAGGGCCUGAGCCUGCGCGACGUGUUCCUGGGCGAGGCGGUGCCCUUCAUCAAGACCGUGCGCCUGCUGCGGCCCGUGGCGCCGGCGGGCGAGCCCGCGGCCAGCGCCGACGCCGCCGACGCGCCGCCCGCCGCCUCGCCCGAGGAGCUGGCCUUCGAGGCGGACGUGGAGUACCACGGCGGCUUCCACCUGGCCAUCGACGUGGACCUGGUGUUCGGCAAGUCGGCCUACCUGUUCGUCAAGCUGUCGCGCGUCGUGGGCCGCCUGCGCUUCGUGCUCACGCGCGUGCCCUUCACCCACUGGUGGUUCUCCUUCGUGGAGGAGCCGCUCAUCGACUUCGAGGUGCGCUCGCAGUUCGAGGGCCGCCCCAUGCCGCAGCUCACGUCCAUCAUCGUCAACCAGCUCAAGAAGAUCGUCAAGCGCAAGCACACGCUGCCCAGUUACAAGAUCAGGUUUAAGCCGUUUUUUCCAUUCCAAACCUUGCAAGGAUUUGAAGAAGAUGAAGACGAGCACAUCCACAUACAGCAAUGGGCACUUACUGAGGGCCGCCUUAAAGUCACACUGUUAGAAUGUAGCAGGUUAUUCAUUUUUGGAUCCUAUGACAGAGAGGCAAAUAUUCAUUGCACACUUGAAUUGAGCAGUGGUGUUUGGGAAGAAAAACAAAGGAGUUCUAUUAAAACGGUUGAGUUAGUCAAGGGGAAUUUACAAAGUGUUGGACUUACACUUCGUCUCGUCCAGUCAACUGAUGGAUAUGCUGGGCAUGUCAUAAUAGAGACUGUGGCCCCAAACUCACCUGCUGCAAUUGCGGAUCUUCAGCGGGGAGAUCGACUCAUUGCUAUUGGAGGUGUGAAAAUCACAUCCACACUACAGGUGUUGAAGCUUAUCAAGCAGGCUGGUGACCGGGUCCUGGUCUAUUAUGAAAGGCCUGUUGGCCAGAGCAGUCAAGGGGCAGUGCUACAAGAUACUUUGGGCCAGUUGGAAGAAAACCUUCUGCCUAGCUCAUGCCAACCAAAUUAUGAAGAGGAAACAACCGGAUUGGCAAUAGAUGCUGAAGGCAAAGACUUGGAUUCUGAAUUUGAAGACUUGGCAAGUGAUGUUAGAGCACAAAGUGAGCUCAAGGAUGAGGCCCAGUCUCUAAGUCAUAGUCCCAAACGUACUCCAACAACACUUUCUGUUAAACCCCUUGGAACUAUAUCACCAGUUUUAAAUCGCAAGUUAGUUGCAGGAAGUCACCCACCACCACCACCAAAACUCCCAUCCAAAGAAGGAAGUAAACCUUUAGCCCUAAAACCUGAGAUAACAGACCCAGUGCAAGUGUCAAAACCUACCCAAGGAUCCACCUUCAAACCACCUGUGCCACCACGACCACAACUGAAAGUUCCUUUGCCUUCUGCUGAUGCCCCAAGUCCAGCAGAACCAGAUGUUCUUGCUGAAAAGCAAGAGAAGGUCCCGCCUCCUCCUCCUCCUGCAGAUAAAUCUGCUGAGAAACAAGCAAAAAGCCUAGAUCAUGUCGAAGAUGCAGUUGGUUCAUCGAAGCAAUUUUUAGCAAAGCAAGAAGUGCCCUCGAGAGAUUUUACUUCAGAAAGCUCCUGCCCUCCUAAGGACUGUUCAGAUGACCCCCAGACAUGGGAAUCAUCAGAAAUUCCUUACCGUAAUAAGCUAGGAAAAUGGACAAAAGCCAGAGCGACAUGUUUCUUUGACAUAGAAGCCAGUCACAGAUAUUUAAAUAUGGCUCUGUGGUGCAGGGAUCCUUUCAAACUAGGAGGCCUCAUCUGUUUGGGGUACGUUAGUUUAAAACUCGAGGAGGUGGCUUUAGGGUGCCUUGCCACAUCAAACAUGGAAUACCUUUCCAAAUUCAGGCUGGAAGCCCCCUCUCCCAAGGCUGCGGUCAGUCGAACUGCACUGCGCAACCUGAGUAUGAAAAAAGGAUUCAAUGACAAAUUCUGCUUUGGUGACAUUACUGUUCAUUUUAAGUAUUUGAAAGAAGGAGAAUCAGACCACCAUCAUGUAGUCAGUAACUUAGAGAAAGAAAAGGAACUCCAUUUAGUUGAAGAGCUUUCUGCUCCACCUAAAGAGGAACACUUUGUGGGACAGACGGGUUUACCAGAAAAUAAACAUAGUUUCCAGGAUACUCAGUUCCAGAACCCAACUUGGUGUGAUUACUGUAAGAAAAAAGUUUGGACUAAAGCUGCUUCCCAGUGUAUGUUCUGUGCUUACGUUUGCCAUAAGAAAUGUCAGGAAAAGUGUCUGGCUGAGACUCCUCUCUGUGGGGCAACUGAUAAGCGGAUAGAUCGGACUCUCAAAAACCUCAGGCUGGAAGGGCAAGAGAGCCUCUUAGGCCUGCCUCCGCGUGUUGAUGCGGAAGCUAGCAAGUCAGUGAAUAAAACGACAGGUUUGACAAGACAUAUCAUCAAUACUAGCUCUCGCUUGUUAAAUUUGCGUCAGGUCUCCAAAACUCGACUUUCGGAACCAGGAACUGAUCUAGUAGAGCCUUCACCCAAACAGACACCCAACACGUCAGACAACGAAGGCAGCGACACGGAGGUCUGCGGGCCAAACAGUCCUUCGAAACGAGGAAACCACACGGGAAUAAAAUUAGUGAGAAAGGAGGGUGGUCUAGACGACAGUGUUUUCAUUGCUGUGAAAGAAAUUGGCCGCGAUCUGUAUAGGGGCUUGCCUACAGAGGAAAGGAUCCAGAAACUCGAGUUCAUGCUGGAUAAGCUGCAGAACGAAAUUGAUCAGGAGCUGGAACAUAAUAAUUCCCUUGUUAAAGAAGAAAAAGAGACAACUGACACAAGGAAAAAGUCACUUCUCUCUGCUGCUUUGACUAAGUCAGGUGAAAGACUGCAAGCUCUCACUCUCCUUAUGAUCCACUAUCGAGCAGGCAUUGAAGAUAUGGAAUCCUUAGAAAGUCUGUCUUUAGACCAGCACUCCAAAAAAAUAAGCAAGUACACCGAUGACACAGAAGAAGACCUUGAUAGUGAAUUAAGCCAGCUAAUAGACUCUCAACCCUUCAGCAGCAUAUCCGAUGACUUGUUUGGCUCAUCCGAGUCUGUGUGACACUGUUUAAACUCUGAUGUGAUUGAGGAAAAGUUGCCUCUCGAGUCCCACAGAUACUAAGACCUUACGCCCUCUCAUAAUGCACUCUGGUCUGCUUCCCCACAAUUAUUUGCUUGUGUACGAACAAGAAUGAGCAAUCGUUUUCCAGCAAAAAUACAACCAGAUCACUAAAUUGGUUGUUUCAGGUUGCAUUUUUAGCUAGCUUUUUUGGGUUUAUACUGGGAAUUUAUUUUUACUAAUUUAUUUUUAACUUUUUCUAAUUAUGUAAGCUAACUUUUCCUGUUUAUGUAUAUGUGAUGUCUCAUUGUGGUUCUUUUCUUUCUCAGUUUCUGGAUUAGUGUUACAGAAGAUACUGUCUAAAUUUUUUAUAUAUGUUCAUUUCCAUCACGGUUACCACAGCAAAUUUGCUGCAUGCCCAUAUUAACAACAGCAGUCAUUGAGGGAACAUAAAGCUUAUCAUCUCUAUUUGCUUGACAUUUUUCUUAUUGGGGGGUUUGAAGGGUGCUUUUUUGUUUUUGCCAAAUGUAAUACGAAAGCAGGUGCUGCAGUUUUAGCUGGUGAUGUGAAUUUAGUUUUAUUUUUAAUUGACAUAUUGCUUGCUUUCUAUGCUUCUGUGACUUUUUCCUUUAAAGUUUUGUGCAACUGAAGAGUUUGCAUUGAAAAUUAAAAUGUAAUAGGGUAUAAAUAGGUACGCAAUUGGUCCAGACUUUUUUGAUGAGGUUAAUGUUCUUAAACAGUAAGCAGUAGAAAUUUGAAAUAUUUAAAACUGAUACUUUCCUUUUAGUUGGAAAUUCUAAACAUUUAUAAUUAUUUUUCUUCUUCAUUUCUCUCAUAGGGAAUAAAGCAUGUGUAAAUUUCAGGGGACUGUUUUUAAAAUCACUGGUUUUGACUGUCUCCGAAAUUAUUUUCAUGCUGGAGACUUUGUAAAUGAGAGGAAUUAUGUAAAUAGAUUUAUUGCUUUGUCGCAGAUCCCGCAGGCUUAAAGGAAUGGUGAUCAUCCUGAAUGCUUGUAUCUUCACUCAUUAAAAAAGAAAUACAAACAAAAAAUGGUAUAGACACAGAGGAAUUGGGGCCAGUUCUCUGGGAAUGAACUGAUACUGAUACUGGGUUCCAGUAUCAGUAACUUGUGGAUUCCAGUAGCACAUGACUGAGGGGAAUAUGUGAGCAUGACCUAUCUGUUGGUAUAAGUGUGAGCCUUCUAUCUGCCUACAAAAUGGCUGUGUUUUAUAGGUUACUGCUAUGGUACUUGAUCUGCAAUAAUGAACUGGCAUGAAUUUGAAACUAGGUGGAACAGCUGGCAGGACAAGGCAUACAGGAGUAGAGAUUCUGACUCAGGUCUAUUGCACAGGAUGCCACAUAAGAGUUGAAGCUCUUCCACUGGCCAUUAAUGAACUAUAACCACAAGCAGGCCACCGGAGGGCUCUGUGCUGCAGUCACUCAGCUCCAAAGGAGAAAUAACAAUAACUACCUCACAGGAUUGUUGUGAGGAAAAUGUAGGAUGGCUGCAAAAGUGCCCUGAAGAGGAAAAACCUCAGAAAGUAUGCUUUAUAAGAGGAUAAAAACAUAUUUGAGAACACAAAAGUUACUCUAUUUUUAAAACCAAUAGCCAGUUCUCAUUCCUGCUAUUUUAUUAAGUGAAAUAUUAGGAAACUACCUUCGCCAAGUUUACAACACGAUAUAUCAAUGUAUACCCCCCUCCUUUGUGUUUAAGCAUGCUUGCUUUUUAAAGAACACACCUAAAUCUUCAUAUACCAAAUUCUCUGAAAUCUAAAAUGUUGUUGUGUAGCAUAAGCUUGAAACAAUCUGCCCAAUGUAAUAACCAACUUCCAUCUUAUCAUAAAAAAUAACUUACCGUUGAUAACCUGGAAGGCGGAGUAUCUAUAAGAGGCUGGUAUUUAUGGAUUAGACCGUGGAAGUUUAGUGACAUCCAGACAUGCUGCUGAAAUCGGGGGCAUUUGAAAGCUGUAGAAAUAAUGCAAAACUUGGGUUUCAUUACAAAAAUCUCGUGUUUUUAAAGUACUUAACUCUGUAGAACCACAAUUAUGGAAAAGCUCCGUAAUGCUGCUAAUGAUAAUUGUAAAAUAUACCUUUAAUGUAGUGCAAUAUUUUUAUAUAUCCUGGGAGAGGCAGUAAAGGUGUCACCGUUAAAACUUUAGUGCAAGGGGUGGGGGUGGGGGGGCACUCCAAGUAGCCUAGGGCAUACAUAGGAAGGUGUAAGGCUUCAGUGGGAGAAGUUGUAUUCUAUUACAUUUCUGAUGUAAUCUUGCUGCCAUGCUAUGUUAUCAAUAGCUAAAAAUUUAAAAAAGAAUAAAAACUACCACAGAAAACAAGAAUUAUCUUCAUUGAUGACACCUGGAAAAGGUGAUGGCUGCAUCUCUAUGGAAUUAUUGCCUGGUCUGAUUUGGCUAUGUAAAGACGCUUAACAGAGUUCACUUUUGCUAAACAGAAUUUCUAUUUUGUGAAUAGCCUAAAGCAUCAAUGUUUGGUUUGUGUUUCUUUAAGCUUUGAAGUAAUCAGGAUUAUGAUUUCCUGCUUUUAGUCAUUAGGACUAUUAAAAAUAAACUUUCUACAUUGGUCUUAGCUAUUGGGUUAGACAGUCAAGCUGAGCAACAUUUUAGCAUUAUUUUGGGAUCAAUAGGUUAAAUUUCCUAAUAUCAAACUUUACAUUCUUCACUAUCAAAACUAGAAAUACUAUGUGGCUAUUUGUCAUUUUAAGAGGAGAAAACACAUGCCAAGCAUUUCGGAGAGUACUGUCAAGUUCUAAAUUAAGACUAAAUGGAUUUUUUUGAAAGGCAAUUUAAAAAUACUUGUUAUUACUAAUCAAUAAGAUAAAUAUCUUAUAAUUAAAAAGUUCCCUAAAAGUCAAUAAAUUUAAAAUCACUGAUUUAAAAAUGUAUUGUCUUUAUUUCUAAAUUGAUAUAUAACAGCUAUAAGUUUUCCUUUAAAGGGGUUCCAGGAGGGUACCUUGUAUAUCCCUCUUUUAAGAUCUGACUAAAACCAUUGUUCUCAACUUUCAAAGACUCAUACAUUUUUAACUUUGAAGGACCCUCCAGAGGCCCACUGUCAAAUGUCUGAACAUUAUAGUUCUUUCCAUCAGACAAUUAACUGUUCACAGAGGAAUUUUUUCACGCAGGAAGAGACAUAUUUAGUGAUGCAAGGAUAAUUUACUGGGGUUUUCCACAUAGAUGUCUUGUGGCUAGUAUAUAUUUCAAUAUAAAACAAAGUUUACAAAACCAAAAUGUUU